AUGAGGUCAAUCGUUCUAUGGGCUCUGAUCGCCUUGGGAGGUGUGCCACUUCUCAUGGGAGCCGCUAAUCAAAGCCACCCUUAUGGAGUUUCAUUUAAUAACGGUACAUGUACGUAUCGAAAUAUAACGCUGAAAAAUGGACACUCUGAACCCUUCAAAUUCCCAUGUGAAUAUUGGAGUUGCAAUGCUACAGCAAAAACACUAACUAUUGACGGGUGCGGUGUUCCAGGAUACGGAAGUUGCCUGUACGUGCACAAUUAUCGUUUCUACUGGCCACUUUGCUGUCGCAUGAGUCGUCUCUGUUGAAACAAUUAACUAAAUUACCUUGACUUCUAUCAGAACACUUUGCUGGUAAAUAAAAAAAGAAAACA